AGUCCUUCCUUAAUUGGGUCAAAGUAAAAUAGGUUUUUUAAUUAGUACAUUUAUCAUCUCUCCCUCUCUAUUAACAAUGAAUCUUGAUUUUCUUUAUUUCUCUAUAUAUUUCAUAUUAACUUUUUUUUUAAAAUUAAGAUUUCGUGUUAGAUUAGGUUUCAGUGUUAACCCUUAACUGUAGUGUAUCAUUUACAGUAAAAAACACUGAGUCACUAAAGUGGAAUAAGAAGUGGUGCAGGUGACUGGUUAUAAAUCUCAGCCAUAAAAUUGGGUCUGCGAUGGUGUGGACAGGCCGUGCCGCUUCCCAGGAGUCCAGACGGAAAGAUGUAUAGAGUUGCCUUAUGGUGGACCGCUGUCCUGUUUCCAUGACCCAUUAACUGUAGUUUAAGAAUAAUGUAUGUGGCAAAUCCUGUUUAAAAGAAUAAUAUUCUGUAUGUAUUUGUUCUUCAAUCAGUAAAUACAACAUGCACUAUUAUGGCAUCGUCACCCAUCUUUUUACUUGGUCCACAACCAGGAUGUAUUUACUGGCCUUCAUUAGACACAGCUUGUCAUGUUGGACCAAAGUUGGACCUUGUGGUGUUUUAACUGUAGACCUUGUCUGGUCCACAGUUGUGACCGUGUGCUGACCACUCUGUGUUAAACCAAAGCUGGCCCUCAGCUGACCCUGACCUUAGAUCACUGUAGGCCACAGUUCUGUAGGGCCCCUCUUCUACCCCUAUGUUGAACCAAAGCUUACCCUCCUCGUGUCCUAUGUCAUUUAGCUUAGGACUAGCUCCUAAAUGCCUGACAAAAUCAAAGCUGGACUUUGGCUUGAUAAAAGCUGUCCUAUUUUAACCCUGAUGUGCUGAAUUAAUUACUGGUCCUAAGUCCUUUACUAGUCAUGUUCAGUCAAAUGUAAGACCAAAUCAUUGCCUUCUUCUGAUAGAGAUUUGGACCAAAAUCUGACCCUUUCUGUGCCGUAAUGUUGGAGAGAAGCUAGCUCUCCUUUAGCUCAAUGGCUAGAGACAAUGUGUGAGGUCCAAAAGAUUUAAAACAAUUGGACCAAAAGGAUUGGACAUGUAAGGACUUGACCUUAGUAUCUUAUAAAUGUACCUCCAUUGACAUUUGUAUGCAUAUAUGGUAGAUGGACUUACACUUAACACGUUGCGUAAGUGAUGCCAUCGCAGACAGACUUACUGGUAGUUCCCAGUCCUCCUUCUGCACCACCUGUGACUGGAAUAUGUGAGUAGAAAUCCACACCCGUCAUAUUGAGACUUGGAGAAACAGACGGACAGAUUGGAGGGUGUGUUACAAAGUCAUAAACUGGGUCACUAUGUCGACAGGCAUGAACUCACUGUGGUGAUAUUCUAUUGCCACCGGUUACUCUCUUGGUGUGUUAUAUCACUGUGCAAAACCUACUUAUACAUAUACACUUCUGGAUACAUUAAAACUAUACUCAUUUGUAGAAUUGUCUUGUGUCUCAGGUCUCUAACAUUUUAAAAAACUGUACAAAAAUAUUAUCUUAAGUUUAUGUUUUAACUGCAAUAAAAUAAAAAUUAUUUGAAGUCACACAUUUUAAUGACUGUCACUGUCUACGUGUAUUUAUUAGUUUAUUUUAUCUCUUGUACAUAGUCACUUUGUUUAAAUAUUAUUAACAUGUUUUGUAAAUACUUAAACUAUUUUUUCAACUUACUUGACCAGUGGAGAUUUUAGAGAUAAAUCUCUUAAAACUAGCCUACAGGGUAUGCGUUACAGCUUAGCAAAAUAUUUCUCACCACACCAACUAUGAUCAAAAUUAGGUGCAUUAAUUUGACAUAUCUGAAACACACGGUAUGUUUUAUAAAGAAACUAAAGCGAAGACUACAUAAUUACCACUAAUACAACAGUAUUUGCUUUUUUCCCCCUCAAAACUAAAUAAAAAACUGCGCUGAGUAUCAUUUCCGCGGUUAGCAUUUAAAAAAAAGUAAACUCUAACUCUGGACUCACAUGCUAACGUUCAACCCACGUGUUGACGUUGUUAUUUUAUUUUUCCGAGGGCACAUGAACGCAUCACGGUGAGUGACGUACGCCACAAUUGAGGCGGCAGGAGGAGUGUGACGCUGUGACUGACGGGAGGUUUUAAAGACCAGACUCCUCUGCUCCGCUGCAGGACAGUCCCGUCUCUUGUGUCCAUCUUUGUCCAAGAAACUUUUCAGAAUCUUCUGAAACUCAUCAUUCAAAAUGACUGUGACUCAGGACCGACCCAUGACAUACGCAAAAAUGAGGGGACUGGUGUCGUUUUUCUCAGCUCUGCUUAAGGGAAAGAAAUGUGGCUUCAGUGACUUUUUACACAAAGUUGUCCCCAGUCAGCAAGUCUGUCAACACUUGGACACCCAGAAAAUGUUCGCAGCUCGUCGACAGAAGGACAAGAAAAGUUCUGUGGGUCCAGUGGACAGAGUGGACACAACAAACUCUCAGAUAAAACCAUCUGACUUCGAUUACCUCAGAGUCAUCGGCAGAGGAAGUUUUGGAAAGGUGUUGCUGGCAAGACACAGAAAACAAGGAGGCUACUAUGCUGUGAAAGUGCUGCAGAAACAGGCAAUUGUCAAACACAAAGAGCAGAGACACGUGAUGUCUGAGAGGAGCGUACUGUUGAAGGGACUCCAACAUCCGUUCCUCGUCGGACUUCAUUUCUCUUUCCAAACUCCAAAUAUGCUUUACUUUGUGCUGGAUUACGUAAAUGGAGGCGAGCUUUUUUACCAUCUUCAGAGGGAGGGGUCAUUUCCUGAACUCAGAUCAGCCUUCUACGCUGCAGAGAUGGCCAUGGCACUAGGCUACCUCCACUCCCUGGACAUUGUUUACAGAGACCUCAAACCAGAGAACAUCCUGCUGGACAGUGGUGGUCAUGUAAUGCUGACCGACUUUGGUCUCUGUAAGGAAGGCGUCUCUAUUGGUGGGAUGAUGCAUACAUUCUGUGGAACCCCAGAGUACCUGGCUCCCGAGGUGCUACGAGGCCACCCCUACAGCCCAGCAGUGGACUGGUGGGGGCUCGGUGCUGUGCUGUUUGAGAUGCUGUACGGCCUGCCUCCAUUUUACAGCCACAGUAAAGCAGAGAUGUUUGAGAACAAACUUCAUGCUCCUCUGCAGCUGCGCAGUGGGGUGUCACAGUCGGCACGCUCACUGUUGAAGGGUCUGCUGGAGCGGGACCCCACAAGACGCCUGGGGGCCAACAGUGACCUUGUGGAGCUGCAGGAACAUUCUUUCUUUGCCUCCACCAACUGGGACGACCUGCUGGCCAGAAAAGUGAAACCUCCGUUCGUCCCAAAUGUGACCGGUCCUUGUGAUGUCAGUCAAAUUGACCCUGAGUUCACGCUACAACCCGUACCUGCCUCGGUGAAUGAUCGGUGCCAGAGGAGUGCAGCCAGUGAGGCCUUUCCUGGCUUCUCCUUCAUGAAUCCAGUGGAGUACAUGGCAACACAGCUGGUUUCAUAACAACACCAAACCCUUUGGGAGCAAGUGGAGUCAAAUAUUUAUUUUUUAUUUCAUAACUUAUUAACGCAACUUAACUUUUGAACAUGUGAAUACACAUUUCUAAUGUUCUACAUUAAAUAUUGCUAUUUCAAG